GAGAUAUUCAACAACAUCAGUAGAAGCAACAGCAGCCGUGACCAGCAACGUAAACAGCACUGGAGGCCAAAUGUGGAUGCGCUUAAAAAUAAUUACAAAACACAUAGUUCGCUAAUCCAAUAAGGAGGAGAAUAAAGAUAAUUCGAGAGAGCAGCCGCAGCAGCGAUAAAAUGACAGCGACAACAUCUGUGAUUGCCGAUCUCUGCAUAUAUCUGCUAACCUGGAAUGUGGGCACGCACACACCGAAGGGUGUGUCAUUGACAUCCUUACUGGCUCUAAAUGGAACGACCAAUUGUCCGGGCAAUGGGCUGCCAGACAUCUAUGUGAUUGGCAUGCAAGAGGUGAACACGAAACAGGUGUUCAACAUCUUUCAGGAAGAUCCCUGGGUGUUGAAGUUCGCCAGUGAGUUGAGUGAUCACGAGUAUGUGAAAGUCCAAUCGAAGCAACUGCAGGGUAUCCUCAUUACGAUGUUUACCAAACCCAAGCAUAUACCGCACAUGAAGGACAUCGAGGCGGAGGAGACACGCACCGGACUAGGCGGCCUAUGGGGCAACAAGGGUGCGGUUAGCAUUCGUCUGAGUCUGUAUGGUACGGGCGCAGUGUUUGUGUGUGCCCAUCUGGCGGCCCAUGAUGAUAAGCUAAAGGAACGCAUCGAGGACUAUCAUCAGAUAGUCGACAAUCACAAGUAUCACGUGGAUGGCUAUCGACGCAUUUUCGAUCAUGAUUUUGUAUUCUGGUUUGGUGAUUUGAACUUCCGUUUGUCCGGCGACAUGUCCGCCUGGGAUGUGCGCGGUGCGGUGGAUCAUGCCCGAUACGAGGAGCUGCUCAAGCUGGACCAGUUGAUACUGUUGCGCGAAACGGGCAAUGCGUUUAGUUUGUUGGAUGAGCAGCGGCCCAAUUUUGCGCCCACUUUCAAGUUCAUCGAGGGCACCAACGAAUACGACCUGAAGCGACGUCCGGCCUGGUGUGACCGCAUCCUGCAUCGCGUGCAGAUCAACAGUUAUCCCUCAAUUACGCUGAGUGCUCAGCAGUUGUCGUAUCAAUCGAACAUGGACUACACUCUAUCCGACCACAAGCCUGUGUCGGCCACCUUUAACUAUAAAAUCGAGGCACACAAUCUGACCUACACGGACGAGGAGCUGCACGAGAUGACGCACGGUUCGGCAAGCACAGUGUCAUCAAAUGUUAGUGUGCUUGCUAUUGUUAUCUCAAUUAUGACCUAUCAUGCCACCAUUCAUUUGCCUCUUUUCUCCGCUUCUUUUGUAGCUGUUUAAUGCCCAGCUUGAACGUUUCCAGUGGUAAAACUAAAAAUGGAAUUCACGACUCCUUCUAAAGCAGUCAAGCAAACCAUAUCUUCCAUUGCAUACAUAUCUCAUGUGUCUGAAUUAAGAACUCAAGUUGUUCCCUAUCGCAAUCAUACUCGAAACAGAAACAUACAAAAUACUUGUGAGUGCAAAUCAAAUAUUAUACUUUUAUUAACUGCAUGAAAUGUAUAAUUUAAUCUCAGUAUAGCAGCAAAAAACCACUUUAAAUGUAAUUAUAUUUAGACAUGCAUCUUAAAUAUAAAUAGUGCAAAAUGUAUACUCCUAACUUUGAUACUCUUGUCACAUAUCAUGUUUGUCAUAUAUUCUCGAAUACAUAGGUUCGAUUAAUAAAUCAAAUAUACACUUUUUUUAAGCUAAGCAAAGACAUCGAUUGUAAAGCGUAUAAUUGUUAAAGUUCAUAGGUUGUUGAUCAAAAAUAAAGCAAUAAAUAUAUAUUUUUUCUAUCAA